UGGAACACACACACACACGCGCACACUCGCGGGGGCACCGGCGGGCACAGCCUCCCUGCCCAGCGCUCCCGCUGCCCGCAGCAGCCGCCCCCAGCUCCAUCCAGCCCGAGCUGCCGAGCAGGGGGCGGCCCCGGGGCUGCGGCACCCCCGGCCCCUCCGGGCCCCCUGGCUCCUCCCGGGGGAGCGGCCAGCGCGGGGAGCGCUCCCGGCGCGGCUGCGGGAGCGGCAGGCUCUGCUCCGGGAGAGCAGCCCUGGAGCCGCAGGUUGCUCCAAGCCCCGUCCAACCAAGCCUUGGACAGUUGCUGGGAUGGGGCAGCCACAGCUUCUCUGGGAAUUCUGUUCCAGAGCCUCUCCACCCUCACAGGGAAAAAUCCGUCACAGCUUCACCCAGCCCUGGAUCCUGUGAAAAGGAACAAGAUGCCCGUGAAGUUUAAUCUCUCCUAAGAGGAAAAGCCACGGAGAGAAAACAAAACCCCAUGGAUCCCCUGUACUUUUCCAGCACGUUCAGCAUGGAAGCCGCUCCCGGCGAGGCGAACUCCUCCCUGCUGCCCAACGCGACAGAGAACGGGACGCUGGCGGAGCCGCCGCCGUUCCAGUACAUCCACAAGGUGCUCAUUCCCAUCUGCUACCUGCUGGUGUGCGCCGUGGGGCUGAGCGGCAACGCCCUGGUCAUCUACGUGGUGCUGCGCCACGCCAAGAUGAAAACGGUCACCAACAUCUACAUCCUCAACCUGGCCGUGGCCGACGUGCUCUUCAUGCUGGGCCUGCCCUUCCUGGCCACCCAAAACGCCAUCUCCUACUGGCCCUUCGGCUCCUUCCUCUGCCGGCUGGUGAUGACCGUGGACGGCAUCAACCAGUUCACCAGCAUCUUCUGCCUGACGGUGAUGAGCAUGGACCGCUACCUGGCCGUGGUGCACCCCAUCAAAUCCACCAAGUGGAGACGCCCCAGGGUGGCCAAGCUCAUCAGUGCCACCGUUUGGACCUUCUCCUUCUUGGUGGUGCUGCCCGUGAUCAUCUUCUCGGACGUGCAGGAGGACUUCCAGACGUGCAACAUGAACUGGCCGGAGCCGGUCAACGUCUGGUCGGCGGCGUUCAUCAUCUACACCUCGGUGCUGGGUUUCUUCGGCCCUUUGCUGGUCAUCUGCCUGUGCUACCUGCUGAUCGUGGUCAAGGUGAAGUCCUCGGGGAUCCGCGUGGGCUCCACGCGGCGCCGCAGGUCGGAGCGGAAGGUCACCAGGAUGGUGGUGAUCAUCGUGGUGGUCUUCGUGUUCUGCUGGCUGCCCUUCUACACCAUGAACAUCGUCAACCUGAUCCUCAUCCUGCCGGCCGACCCCGUCCUGGAGGGGCUCUACUUCUUCAUGGUGGUGCUGUCCUACGCCAACAGCUGCGCCAACCCCAUCCUCUACGGCUUCCUCUCCGACAACUUCAAGCAGAGCUUCCAGAAGGUUCUCUGCCUCCGGAAGGGCGACGGAGCGGAGGACGGAGACCCCGUGGAGCACAGGCAGGAGAACAGCAGCCGCCUGCAGGAGUCCAUGCUGACCCAGAGGAACGCGGAGUUCAACGGGCACAUGCAGACCAGCAAGGUCUGAGGGCACGGCCCGGCACUGCAGAGUCCCUGGAGGACUUGGGGACUUCAAGGAGGGCAGGGCCUGGCACUGCAGAGUCCCUGGAGGACUUGGGGACUUCAAGGAGAGCUCAGUUCAUGCAAAAGGAAAAUGUGGAACCCCAGAAGCUCCCAGCAAUGUACACAGAGGGCUCUUCCCUGCUUUUCCCAGCUGGAAGUGCCAAGCUCUCGUGGUGUCCUGAUGGAUUUGAUGUCUGGGACCACUUUGGGUCCUCCAGGGAAUGAUUUCCAGGCUUCGUACCCCUUUAGUGAUGCAAAUCAACACUAAGCCAGUUCAAUUCCCUCGUUAAGCUUGGUUUAAGGCUGCUUUGCACUGCUGGGAUCAGCUCUGAGCAGCAAACAGCUCAGCUGGGAUCUUUGGGAAUUCUUCAAGGGGAUUUCUGAAAGGAAAAUGAGAUUUCUUCAGAGUUUCAUGCAAAAAAGGCACCAGCACUGCUCUGGAAAUGGGUUCUGAUGUGCUGCGUGCUGCCUUUGCUUUGUUUUCCUGCCAUGAACCCAUCCCAGGGAGCCAGCACAGCCAGGAACCCUUCAAACACAGCCAGAAAGGAUAAAAAACCAGUGGAAAUGAAAACAUUGUGGAAAGGAAUCAAUGUAGCCAUGACAUUUCCACCUUCCCACCCCAUGAAAUGUGCUGUGACCCCGUUGUUGUGAUGUCAGUGCUGAUGGCUGUGGGGUCCUGGGGGGAUUUUGUGUCCAUUCCUUGGUUCUGAGUGUAAAUCUGGACUUAAAGCUGUGAUUUCAGAAAUUAAACCCAGCUCAAUCCCCUCUGAGUGUAAAUCUGGGCUCAAAGCUGUGAUUUCAGACACUAAACCCAGCUCAGUCCUGUCUGAGUGUAAGUCUGAACUCAAAACUGUUUUCAGAAAUUAAACCCAGCUCAAUCCUGCUGACUGGUGCAGUUUCCAGGGGGUGUUUGUCAAUCCUGGAGGUUUUUCCCAACUUUAAUGAUUCCAUCAUUCCAUUUAUUCUGUUGGAUGUGACACUCACAUUCCCAAAGCCAGGAAAUCACAGGAUGCACCCAGAGCCUGGCUGGGACCAUGAGUAAUUUACUCCCAGGUUUCUCCCAGUAGCAGGCAGUGCCCACAUUCCAAAUCCCAGCACAGCCAGGUUUAGCUGAUUAAUUAAUAAAAUUAACUUUUCCCAUUGGUUUGGUGUGAGCUGGGCUGUGAUUCCCUCAGUUUUCCACCUGAAAUGAUCCCUCCUGGAAGCUCUGGAGUGGGAAAUGACUGGAAAGCUCAAGGUUGGGGCAGGAAAAUCUGCUUUGGAAAGAAAAAGGAUUUUAAUAAAUUCAGAUUUCUGGGAAGGAGCUAAACCCUGUUUUGAGCAGAGCAAAGAGCAUUUGUCCCUUCCUUCCAUGGAGUUUGAUCAAAUCCUUGGAAUUAAGCAAGGGAAGUUUUAUCUGAGGGGAAAAGAGGUGGAUAAACCUGGGCCUUGUUUUCCACCCGCCCCAGGCUGAUCCCACAUCUUUUCCCACCCCCUGGAUCAGGACUGGGGAUCCCAAUUCCCAGAAAACAGAAAUUCCAGCCAGCCCAUCCAGCAUUCCCGUUGGGAAUGCUGAAAUCCAUCAUAUUUAAGGAGCAAAUUUAGGAAAGCUUUCAAUGCCCCAGUUCCCAGAAAAAUUCCAACCAGCAGCUCCCUGGCGAAUUCAGUGCCAUGGGAAUGCUGCUUUGCAGGAGUUUAUUUUUUUCCUGACCCAAGGAAUUUUUUUUCUGGGAGCAGCUCCUGCAGAUCAUCUCUCCAGUGCCACUCAGCCUUUGCUCCAAGGGAUUCCCUCCCCAUCCCAAAAAAUCUUUCCCCAGACCUGCUCGGUGCCUUAGGAAGCUCUGCUGGCUUUUCCCUGAACCCCAAACGCCGAUCCUGGGCUUCUCCUGGCAGCUUGGCAGUGGAAUUUUGAGGAGCCAGCUGAGCUGCCAACCUCCCUGCACACAUUCCAUCAAAACAUGUCAUCCUUCCACAAAGACUGACAAACUCCCUGGAAAAUCUGUCCUCCCAGCCAGCCCUCCCCAGGAGGCUCCAGACAGCACCGACACUCCCCAGAUCCCUUUUUUCUCCACACAUUCCAGCCCUAAUCCCUCAGCCCCAGCGAUUGAGUGACAUUUUUAAUAUCUCGACAGACAAUCCUUCCAAAUUCCAGCUUAUUCAGCUUUUCCUUUGAUUCAUCCAAGGAUUCCAAAUGUUGGCUCUGCUCUGCUGGAAAAAAAACAACAAACCCACGGGAAGAUCAUGGAAAAUUUGCCUGGUGCCUACCUGACCUUCAGGAGGUGGAAAAAUCAUUUGGAUAAAAUAAAAAUGAAAUAAAAUAAUAAAUAAAAAAUAAACUGGGA